AUGGAUACUACAACGAGUACUGCGCCACCACCUUCCAUUCUAAAACCAUCGGCUGGUCCAAUGGGUUCUUCCAAAUGGCCAAACGAUCUGUCUACGAACGAUAAGUACAAUUGGCUAUUACAUGUUAUGUAUGGUCGAGGUGAAUAUGAACGUAUUCAACAAUUUAUUCGUAUUCAAUCUCAUAAAAAUUCUUAUAUGACAUAUAUUCAAGCACUUGUUCAUCGACAAGAAGGUCGUAUUGUUGAAGCCCUUGAUUUAUUUCAAAGAUCUGUCAUUGAAACACCAACUUUAAUCAAUAUAAAACAAGUUGCGAAAUCUUUAGCCUUACUUGGUCGUUAUCGUGUGGCAAUUGAUGCAUACAAAGAAGCAUUAACACGUACAACAAAUGAUUGGGAAAUUUUGCAUAAUUUAGGUUUAUGUCAUAUGCAAUUACGUGAAUUUACUGAAGCAAAACAAUAUUUAUUACAAGCAUUACAAAUAUCUGAAAUUCAAGAAGCUUCUUAUUUAGCAUUGGGUAAACUUCAUUUAAUAGAAGGUGAACGUGAUGAAGCUGAAGCAGUUUUUGAACGUGGUGCUAGACGUAAUCCAGAAUCACCCACACUUUUUACUCAUAUUGGUCUAUUAGCAUUUGAAAGAGCUCAUUAUACGAAAGCAUUUGAAUGUUUUGGUAUUGCAUUAACAUUUAGUCCAACAUAUAUUCCAGCUAUAAUGGCAGCAUGUCAAGUUAUACAAAAACAUGGUGAUGCUGAUGUUGCAUUAUCAAAAUAUCGUAUUGUUUAUGGAAAAAAACCGGAAUGUGCACAAGUAUGGAAUAAUAUUGGCAUGUGUUUUUUUUCAAAAAAAAAAUUUGUUGCUGCUGUUAGUUGUUUAAAACGUGCUAAUUAUUUAGCACCAUUUGAAUUAUAUAUUCUAUAUAAUUUGGCACUUGUACAUUUAUAUUUACAACAAAAUGCAUCUGCUGCAAUAUUUCUCCAAUCAGCUAUACGAAUUAAUCGAAAACAUGCACCAAGUUAUGCAUUAUUCGGUGUGGCAUUAUCAAAACUUAAUGAUCCAGACAAUGCAUCACGUGCAUAUGCAUAUUCUCUUAAACUUGAUCCAGUAGAUCCAGUGGCAUUACUUAAUUAUGGUAUUUUUCAAGCGAAUACAGGUGUAUCACCAUCACAAAUAAAUGCGACUAUGCAACAAUUUCAUCAAUGUUAUGCUGAACGUGCUGCAUCGGCUACUAAUCAACGUGAACUUGAUACUUCCAUGUUAGAAAUUGCAACAAAAUUAGGUUAUCCAGCUCCACCACCAGCACCUCCACCAGAUUCAAAAUCAUUAUUAGCAGCAUUUCCACCACCACCUUUUCCAAUUUUAUCAACAUCUACUCAACCUGAAGAAAAUAAUGUACGUUCAUCAUCACCACCACCAGCACCACCAGCAGUAUUUUCUCCCAGUGUACAAAGAGAUGAAGAUCUCUCAAAACAACCUUCCGAAGAAAUACCUGUGGUUAAAACGAAAAUUUAUGAUGAUGCACGUCAUAAACAACGACGAACAAAACAUCAACCAGUUGAAUCAUCAGAUGCUGAUGCUGUGCAAAAUAAAUAA